AUGGCUCGCGUACCCAAUGCUCCCACACGUUGUGUCCGUAUUGGCCUGCCUCUCCCCAUCCAAUGCAGAUUCCACUCUAUCGUGGGCGGCUAUCAACCCUCACCAGCCUUCAUCAACCCUCACCAACCCUCACUGACACCCAAGAAGCCUGACCCUCGUCCACCAGUCAUCUACAUACCGCUUAGUGGUUCCACGGCAGCGAAUAGGAAGCUGCAGCGGCCCCCCAUCGAAAAACGGCAAGGCACUCCCGUCCCUACUAAACCAAGGAAAGACGAUAGAGACGCACCGACAUCCCCACACCAUCCUCCUCACCUUUCCAGUCGAGGUCAUCGUGACCGGCAGGUUUCCGGCUCGUCCUCAAAACAUCACUAUGCCGCUCUCCCACCACCACCAGCCUACUCGCCGCAUGACUGGCACAAGGGUCAGCCGUUCGAACCCGCCGGCCUCCUCCCAUCACCGACAGGAUGGACUCCGUCUUCACCACAGCCCAUCAUUGUCAACCAACAUCACUAUUAUCUCGGCACUCCGGGUCCAAACUCCCCACCGCCACAACUCAUCCAGUCAAUACCACCGAUUCCGCCGCCAAAGAACAGCACCAGCUCUCUCAACAAGAUGCCCGCGGGGUCGGUGAUGGAGGUGGCAUCGGAUAUCUCCCAAGGACCAAGCCUCGCCCACGGCUUUGACGGAAUGCUUUCCCAUUGGCCUGACAACAAGACUCAGCUACUCAACCAAGGCGCCGCCCUCUACGACCAAAUCUCCGGUCGACUAAAUGAUGUCUUGACGAGGAUAGAUCUGAACCAAAUCAGUGGAGAGGAGAAGGAACACUUCACGUGGAGGCCGGCUGUUCAGGAAACCUCGUAUCCGCCCUCAUCGAGCAUGGUCGGAUCGAGAUCCGCGGUGAAGUCGGGAAUUCGGAGGAGUAGCUCGCAUUCGAGGGAGCAUAGGGACAGAGAACAUCGGGAGCACUCGUCGUCAACGAACUCGGGUGGUUACUUUGCAAAAGUCGAUCUCUACGCCAACUCGAGAUUGCCUACCGACCUGCCCCCUUUGAGACUGUACAUUCCCACCUGGCCCCUCCUCUGUCUCGCCGCUCAGUAUUCCGAGCGAGUCUAUGAAAGGCCCAAGGGCGCCGAACGAGACGCCCAUGUCAACGCCGACUGGCGAACCGGCGCCAAAGCCAUGGUCAUCAAAUCCGUGCCCAUGGAUUAUGUCAACACCAUCGUGUUUGCCAUUCGCGGCACAGCAACUUUCAUGGACUGGGCCGUCAACCUCAACUCAAAUCCCACCUCUCCCGAAGGGUUCCUGGACGAUCCCGGCAACCUUUGCCACGCUGGCUUCCUUGACGUCGCUCGAAAUAUGGUCCAACCCGUGGCUCGUCGGCUGCGCCAGCUUCUCGAGGAGGAUCCCAGCCGAUCGUCGUAUUCGUUGCUCAUCACCGGCCAUAGCGCUGGUGGCGCCGUCGCUGCUCUGCUCUACAGCCACAUUCUCUCGACGACAAAGGAGGCGCAAAGCGAGUUGACGGCGGUAGCUGGGUGCUUUAAGCGAGUUCACUGUGUCACAUUCGGCACUCCACCAAUCAGCAUCAUCCCGUUGAAGAAACCGGAGGACUUCGAGAGGAGGCCGGAACUCAAGAAAAGCUUGUUCCUAUCUUUCAUAAACGAGGGCGAUCCGGUUGCUCGGGCGGACAAGGCUUACGUGAAGAGUUUGCUAGAGCUGUACACCUCUCCUGCGCCUUCGAUCAACCCACUUUCGCCAGCCCCAAGUCGCAAAGGACCGAGCAGUAGUUCUGACCUCAAUAUGCGCAUGAAGCCCGCCGGACAAAAAUCUUCUAGAUCAUCGCUGCAAUCAUCGAAAUCCGGCAAGUCAACAGAAGCCAGGAGUACCGAGCGCCGAAGUAGCAGCGGUAGCAGCAGCCACCACACCUCUUCUUCCUCCGGUUCCUCCCAUCGCAGCAGCUCGCGCUCCCGCAGUUCCACAUCCUCCGCCAGCUCCGCCCUGACGACAACAUCCACGACCGCCUCCUCGGUCUCUAGCAGCCACACUUCCUCGUCCUCGUCGGGACCAACCUGGAAACUCCCCGCCUCCACCCUCUCCUGCGCCGGUCGGCUUGUGGUGUUAAGGAGUGGUGACCCAAAGUCCAGGCUAAAGGGUAAGGGGAAAACGGUUGAAGAGAGAUUAAAUGAAGGAGUGGUGGCGCAUGUGGUGGCGAGCGAAGAGAUGUUGAGGGGGGUGGUUUGGGGUGAUCCGUUGAUGCAUGUCAUGAAGUUGUACAAGGGGCGGAUUGAAACGCUUGCUGUUGGGGCGGUGACUGCCAAGGGGUAUUGA